GAUGUUUUGUUGGCAUGUUGUUCGCGUUGCGUCUCUAGUUGUCCACGUUUAUUGGUUUGUGUAUUUUUGUUUUUUUUCGGUGUUUUUGUGUUUUUACUAUAGUUUAUUACCAUUAUUAUAAUAUUAAAGACUUUUUCAAAAUGAACUGUGCUGUGAGAUAUUGUCGCAAUCAUACUAAAAUGGCUAAAUCGCCAGGAAAAGUGAUAAGUUUUCAUAGUUUCCCUAAAGGCGAUUCUCAAACAACAUGGUUGGAAGCACUCGGCAUUGUUGGAAAUUGGAAGUGGUCAAAAGCUAAAGGUGUAUGCUCUGAUCAUUUUAAAGAGGAUGAGUUCAUUAUGCGUGUAGGAAAAAGGUGUUUGAAAGUUAACGCCGUGCCUUCUGUAAAACUAUCAGAGGACACAGUGCACAAGAAGACAAUAAUGAGAAAAAGAAAGCAUUAUAUAAGAAUAUGAUCGAAAAAAAUCGGCGUCAGCGAUGGCUAUGAAAUGAAGAUCGCUGUCAUUUUAUAUGUAUAAUAUGUAAAACAAUUGUACUAAUUCAUGGUACUAAUUGACUUGGAAACACUUGGAAAUAAAGACAUUGUUCUGUUAGGGCGAAGGGACUGAAGGAAUCGCAGAAAAUGGUCUAUAGAUGUUCCGCAUGUAGCUAUCAAACAACAGAUAGUUCCAAUUUUAACAAGCACAAGAUAAUUCACUUGACACUGGAAGAACGACGGUGGUUUCUUUGUACGCCCUGCGGCAAGAAAUAUCUGACUAAAAAAUCCUUACGAGAUCACAUUUAUAAUGAUCAUACCGAUUCCAGGACAAAGGAAAUUCUAAAGGAAUCACAGAGAAAGGUCUAUAGAUGUUCCACAUGUAGCUACCAAACGCUGUAUAAGUCCUAUCUUAACACACACAAGAAAAUUCACUUGGCAUUGGAAAAACGACGGUUGUUUGUUUGUGCGCACUGCAACAAGAAAUAUAUGAGUAAAAGAACCUUACGACGUCACCUUCAUAAUAAUCAUACCGAUUCCAGACAUUGUUCUAUUAGGGCGAAGGGACUGAAGGAAUCGCAGAAAAAAGUCUAUAGAUGUUCCACAUGUAGCUACCAAACGCCUUAUAAGUCUCAUCUUAACGCACACAAUAAUAUUCACUUGCCACCGGAAAAACAAAAGUUGAAGAAAUCGCAUAGAUGUUCCACAUGUAGCUACCAAACGCCAUAUAAGUCCCAUCUUAACAGACACAAUAAUAUUCACUUGCCACUGGAAGAACGUCAGUUGAAGGAAUUGCAGAAACAGGUCUAUACAUGUUCCAUAUGUAGCUACCAAACGCCGUGUAAGUCCCAUUUUAAUACACACAAGAACACUCACUUGCCACCGGAAGAACGACAGUUGUUUGCUGGUGCGCACUGCGAAAAGACAUAUAUGAGUAAAAUACCCUUACGAGAUCACCUUCAUAAUGAUCAUACCUAUUCCAGGGUGAAGGAAUCGCAGAAAAAGGUCUAUAGAUGUUCCACAUGUGGCUGCAAAACGCCAUAUAAACACUAUCUUAACAGACACAAGAAAAUUCACUUGGCACUGGAAGAACGACAGUUGUUUGCUCGUGCGCACUGCGACAAGACAUAUAUGAGUACAAUACCUUUACGAGAUCACUUUCAUAAUGAUCAUACCUAUUCCAGAAAUGCUGAUGAAGUGAUACUGGAUUCUUUGAAAAUUGAAAUUGAUGAUCACACUCCAAUUAAAGAUGAGUUUAAAUAUGCUGAAUCUGCCACUAGUGAAGAGAAAUUCGAAUGUUUUUUAAAAAUUGAACUUGAUGAUGUCACUCCGAUUCUAAAUAAUGACAUACACGAUGACUUUAAAAAUGCCGAAAAUUUAUCUGUCGCUGAGAAAGUGAAGUUGACGGACUUUAUAAAAAUGGAACCUGACGAUAACUCCCUGUUUCUGGAUGAAGACGCGUUUUUCAAACAAGAAAAUAUUCAUAAUUUUUAAUAUUUUAAAUAUUUCAAAAUCUACCUGAUUUGUUUAGUUUUCACGUUUAAACUUUUACCUUUUUUUAAACAUGUUUAAAAGAUUUGUAAGUAGCUGUGAUAUCUAAUAUAUUCUGUGUAUUGAUUCUUCCUACCUCUAUAUCUUUGCAUUGAAAUGAAAUCUAACUAGUGCUGGGAGAUCGUUAGAAAACAUCGAUAUUAAGUUUGUUCCAAAUUCCGUCACAUGACCAAUAAAAUUCUCUUCAACCGCAAGAUUACCGUCUCUUUAUCGUCCCAACUGAAGUUGGUAUGGGAUUGAGAAAUAAGAGUAUAUAUUACAUUCUAGCAGGCAUAAAACGGUCGAAGAAGCGUUACAACGUGCCGCCGCCGCCGCCGCGCCGUUUUUUUGUACUCUAAGGCAAUUGUCAUGGAUUGUUGGUGCAGAUCAGAGAUAUAGAGGUAUGGGAAAUGUAUUAUUAAUCCGGUAAAUGAUGGAGAUAAACAAUUGUGAUUGAUAAAAAUGUAUUUUAAGAUGAAACUCUUCUUAACAACAUUCUGAGAAUUCGAAUAAUGGGCGCGUUCAGGGAACACAGCCGCUGACAUUCAGCGUAGAAUUUCGUUGACCAGCAGCUUACGAUAUUCUCUAAACGGUACAAAGCAGCAGAAAAAACAAGAAACAGUACCUGUCUCAUGCGCUCUCCGUCUGCUAUAAAAAAUGAGAGAAAUAUAAAUAAAUCCUCUUCGUCAAAUCGGUCUAUAAUCUAUAAUCGAUCUUUAGUCUUUAGAAUAAAAAUUAUUUUGAAAAAAGAAUUAUUAUUACUGGCUGAUCAUAUUUAAUAGUUGAAAAUAUAUUACAGGUAUAUACAUUUUAUUUACAUAUAUAUACAUUUAAUAGUUGAAAAUAUAUUACAACAGUUUAUAAAAAUAAUUUUACCUAUACACCAAACCUAAACAAAACCACUUAAAAUAACAGGAACUGGCAGUUCGACCAAGUUAACUUUUACGCAUUUUUUUUCCGCUGGUAUGGUACAAAUAAAAUUACUGAAGGUGUAAAUACCACAGUAAAUACCCUACAAUAAAAAAAAAACGACGUCAGGAGUGAUGUAGAGGUGAAGAUUGCUGUUACUUUAUAAGUAAACUUAUAUAGGGAAUAUUAUCGAUCGUUAUUUCUAAGCCAACUAGGCGUAAUUUUUUUUCGAUCAGACGGUAAUAAUUACAAUCGAAAGUUAUUUAUGCUGAUUUAGAUUUUUUCAGAAAGUAGUAUUUUUUCUUAAUUUCAUUGUAUUUAAAAAAUUCGACAUGAGAUGGAAAUCAAGUUGAAUUUUCUUUAUUUCUUUAACUUCUUCGAUCGUUUUCGAACGUUUUAGAUUAACCUACUGCUUUGUAACUUUUUUGACAACAAAUAUCUCCUAUUUUUUAAAGAUUCGGUUAACUACAAUUGACUACAAAUUUCAACAAACCAUAAAAAGUAAACAAUAAACUGAGAAAAUUAAAGUUAUUUUACAUUAGUUGACCACAGAUAAGGAAAUAGAUUAAGGCUAACUUGUCUCAGCCUAAAUAUUUACCGCUGAUAAUUUUGCACAGCGGCUGACUGUUGCUGUUCGUCAGAAUAGACCGUUUAGGGAAAUCGCUUACUCAGCCACUCAGCCGCUGACCGUCCCUGAACGCGCCCAAUGAAUUGAAUAAUGACAGGGCAAGUGACAUCUGCCUAAAAAAGACAGCGAUUUAGAGUGACAAUUUUGAUUAUUCAAAAGAAAUACUGGUUGCCUAAC